UCUUUCUCUGCUCUCUCUACUUCCCUCCCAUUUAGCUUCCUUUGGGGCAGUCAGGAAAACAAGACCUGUCUCCGCUGCUGUGGCAACCGCUGUGUUUCCAUCACUGCCUCCUCCUUCUCCCAGCCAACCAUUCCCCCUUUCUUUUUCCUCUUUUUGUAUCCAUUGUUCUCUUUCAGUCCCUCGGUUUUGGCCACGCCUCUUCUUCCCUCACACUACAAACACUCUCUUCCCUUCCACAGGAAAGAAGAUCCAGAGGUUGGGAUGGUGGUGACCAGUACAGGGGUGAAGGCGCGAGCCUCCUCAUCCUCACGGCGAGGUGACUGUUAACAGAAAAGUGUCGGUCGGCAGGGACUAAACCUGCACGAAGCAGGACUGUGGUGGUGGUGGUGGAGUCAUGUCGGAUCUGGGCUCUGAGGAGAUAGAGGAGGAGAGGGAGAAUUAUCUCGGGGAAUAUGAAGGAGACCGCAAUGAGGCAGGUGAACGACAUGGAAAAGGAAAAGCAAUAUUGCCUAAUGGGGAUAUAUAUGAUGGACAUUAUGAAUUUGGUAAAAGACAUGGUCAGGGGACCUACAGAUUUAAGAGUGGUGCUCGAUACAUUGGAGAAUACCAACAAAAUAAAAAACAUGGUCAAGGCUUGUUUAUCUAUCCAGAUGGAUCAAAAUAUGAAGGAGACUGGGCAGAUGACCAAAGACAUGGCCAUGGAGUUUAUUACUAUGUAAAUAAUGAUACAUAUACUGGAGAAUGGUUUGCUCACCAAAGGCAGGGGCAAGGCACAUAUCUCUAUGCUGAGACUGGCUCUAAGUAUAUUGGUACUUGGAUAAAUGGACAACAGGAAGGAUCAGGAGAAUUUGUUCACCUCAACCAUAGAUACCAGGGCAAGUUCAUAAAUAAAAUUCCAAUGGGUCCUGGAAGGUAUAUUUUUGAUAUUGGAUGUGAACAGCAUGGUGAAUAUAAACUUGCAGAUAUGGAAAGAGUAGAAGAGGAAGAGGAAGAAGAAGCUUCAACUAUUAUUCCAAAGUGGAAAGCUCAAAAAAUUACCCCAUUAGAACUCUGGAAACCAAGUCCUGUUGAAGAAUCACCUCAGCCUGAUGUGCCACCAGAGUCAGAAGAGCCACAAGCUCCCUCAGAAAUCGGUGAAGUGACUGAGGAUAUUCAACCUCUUACUGAUUAUUCAGAAAUAGAAGACAUUGAAACACUAAUGAAACAGGGUGAAGAAAUUGAAGAAACAAAAGCUGAAAGCAGAGAGGAAGCAUUAAAUGAGGAGGAAGAAGAGGAAGGAAAAUGAUCGGCAUCACCAGAUUAAAACGAACAGACCAACAGAAAAUGAAAGUAUGUGCAGGGCACAUAUAUUAUAGCAAUCUCAUUUUACCUAGUUUGUAAAAUUGAUUUAGAUAUGCUAAUAAACGCUUUAAUGAC